UUUUUGGUUGGCCACCAACAUCAUCCGAGUUAUAGCUUAUCACUGCUCGUUUCUUCGGACGAAAAACAUCUUUACUUCCAACGCACUCUCCGGAGGAUUGUUUUUCACCUUUCUGGCUGGAUCUAGGAGCACAAAUUGCUAUCCUCAUGCACAACCUCCCUGAAAUUUUGGAUCGUCUCGUCCAGAAGUAUACACCCAACCUCGACUACGAGUUCCCACAAUCGUUUUCUUCCUUUUUGAAAACAAAUGACCUUCCCACGGGAUCCGAUGCCAAAGUUUUGGGAGACCUAUCCAAAAACGUAUCUGACGCGCUCCGCCUCAUAACGUCUGACAUGGAGUCUCUCAUCGAUACCCAUGCUCAACUGAAGAAAAUCAAAGAUCACCUUCUGCGUGUCGAUGACGACAUAAAGACAGCCAUGCCUCCCAUCGAGUGCCUUCCCGCAGAAAUGUUAAUACAGAUUUUCAAGGAAGCUUCGGAGAAUGGCGACGCUUUUGAUAUGGGAUGGGAACCCUUCGUCAUUAGUCGCGUAUGCCACAAAUGGAGAGUCGUUGCAACGGAGAAGUGCCCGGAGAUCUGGACCGAAUUCCGGCUUGAACGGGAUAGAUGGGAUGAUCUGAAAGGCCCCGUCUCACUCCUCUCACUGGUGCUUUCUCGUGGGACCGAACGGUCUCUGGAGUUUACUUUUGAUGCAUCAGGUGGCAAUGAUGUAUCAGAUUGCGAGUCAGAGAAGGACGUGCUUUGGGAUGAAGAGGACGAGGACACACCUAGACCGUAUCAUUAUCGCAGGGAUGACGGAGUCACAGAGCAACUUCUACAGAAUUUGGUUCGCUAUUGUCAUCGAUGGAGCAAUGUCUACGUCUCCAUUCCGGCUCGUCUUUUCCACCUUCUAUCGCCUAUUCGGGGAAAGUUGCAGUCUCUCGUCGCCUUCAGCCUCGUUUAUGUCACUGAUGUUCUCGCCUUACCGUUGUCCGUUCUCACUGAAUCACAUAUCUUGGAUGGCGCGCCUCUGUUGGAGACCGUGUCCGUGUCUUGCUACCAAAGCCAUGUACCGGUGCUCGUCCCUCAGGGAGUCCCGAAUUUAACUUCAUAUUCGGACAAACGGCAGAGGGUCGGAGACGAGACACUUCACUAGCGCUUUCUCAAUAUAGUUCGCACUUCGCCUAGUCUGCAGAGCCUUUGUGUCACGCAUGGGGGUUCCCUCACCGUCGCUAUGCCUCGUAUCAUUCAUCCCUCCAUCG